AUUUUUCAGAUUCUAGAAGGGUAGGGCGCAAGCAGGGCGGCUGGCCCCCGCAAGAGGAGAGAGAUACAAGUCAGCUACUUCCCUAGCUGAACCGACCAGCUAUCGCUAACAAUCGAUGUCUUCAGAUGAAAUUGAAGACUAACUCGAGCAUUUAGCUGGUUUUCACGCUAAUUCGCCGCCGGUCGUCCACACACAAAUCCCGACAAAAUGACAGAGCCUACGGUGGCAGACACUCGCCGGUUGCAUUCCAAGCCACAGGACCUGAACGACGCUUACGGCCCCCCGAGCAAUUUCCUGGAAAUAGACGUCUAUGAUCCACAAAUCGUUGGAGUCGGACGGCACCGUUACACAACUUACGAAGUUCGUAUGCGGGUACGUGUUAAGAUGGCAUGCCGAAACACCUAGUUGCAGCGUUAGCUUUGACUCGCUAAGUUAGCUGUUAGCAUGUGAAGCUCCGGAAGAGGAGUCAACGGACGGAGCUGUGACGUAGAGGACAGCGGCCUGGAGACGCUGAAGAUGCCGCCCUACUAAAAAUCAAGCACCGAGGCUUUGAAGCGGCCUGGUUUGUAGUAUUGACUGAGCGGGGUUUGCGUGUAACCUAGAAGUUUGGGAAAUGUACGAGCACCAAAAAUCAAAGGUUUACGAACCAGUGCCGAGUUAAUGUUAAGUACCCAGUCAUGUAAGGAGGCCAGUUGGCGUGAAAACAGAAUUAAACAUUACGACAGACGGGGAUGUGGAAGUCUGGAAAGGCUCAGUGAAGCUGGCAGCUUUCACACUUCCCCUGUAAACAAAGUAGUUUUCGACCAACCUAGAUGUGUAACAUUUAGUUCAGGUGACAAACACAUUUACAAAGACUAUUAAAAAUCGACAGUGUGUGCUUCAGAUUACACUUUAACCCUAGAACACUAUGGCUAAAAUUAGUAACACCAUCACUAUCGCCGUGUGAUUUUUACCCUGAAUAAUAUACCCAAGAAACAGUACUUGUCAUCAAAACAGCACAAUACAUGACAAAUUAGAGUAGUUUGCUUUUAUUUUUAACUGUGCAAUGUCUUAAAGGAGGGGGGGGAAGUGCUAUGAGGGGACCAUAUAACAAUGCAACAAAAUAACUGAAAUUAGGCAUUCAUGAACGAAAAAAACCCUAAAAAAUAUGUGUAUAUAUAUAUAUAAACUGUAAACUUAGUUUCUCUUCCACCCAUUCCUGGGACAUGUGAGUCUUCCCUGAUGAAGACUCAGGGUCCCUGGUACAAUAACAGCUACAGGAGAGAGAACCAAAAUAUGACAUAUACUGAGUGAGUAAAAAUGACUAAAAUAUUUCUUAUCACCAUAUUAAUUCCCUUGAAAAUCACUACUUUGUGAUAGUUAUCCAUAACCACUGCACUAAGUACAGAUAGCAUGCAAAUUCUUACUGCAAAACCACUCUUACUGACCUUAUUCGCCUAUACAGCUAUCAAAUCCACCCAAACCUACUUACCCCCUAUCACGAAAAUUACCCGAACAGGUGCCGCGAAAAAGCGGGUUUUGGAUCUGGGAAACCUUCAAAGAAGUCAAAGACAUUGCUGAAGCUACCCAGAGACCCAUGAUACUCAGAAGAAACGCAACAUCAUGAAAAUUACAUAAACGUGAUUGGCGAUAGUGUUCUUGGGUUAAAAUGCUCAAGGUGUGUUGUGUCAUGUCAACAGGCACAUUUUGCAUGUUCUCUUUGAGGCGUUGUACAAAAGUAUACAUAACGUCACAUGUUUAAAUGGGAGAAACGUAAUUAACUUUAGGGUGAGGUUGAUAGUCAUAGAGGUCAGUGUGAGAAACUACAAAUCCCUGACACAGCAGAAUGUUUUCAGGAAGCUCACACUAACUGUGUAAUUGCGUAAUUGCAACUUAGCUUCCUAGGCUUGGCUUGACAUCUCAUUGUUUCUUUGUGUUUUCUGCUGUUUCUAAGGGGAGUUAAUCUCCAAUAAUAUUUACCGUUUUACAAGUUAAAUGGUUUGUCAUGAACACAGCCUUCAAAUCCAAGUACAGCUGAAACCUACCGUGUGAUGGCCUCUUUUAUCAUAGGUGGAAUCAACGGAAUUAAUAUCAUUGUUUUCUUACAUAACUGCUUUGCAAAUAGACUGUUACAGUAAGAGUAACAGGUAGAAGAGACUUUGUGUUCUUUGCUUUAAAAUAGGUUUGUUUUUUAUGUCGUUAUCAAUAUUGCUGUCAGCCUGGAAGACUCUGUAAGCAUCAACAAAUAUCCAGAAGCUUGCAUCCCAAAUUUAAACUCGUACAUAACCGCUCAUACAGCAAGAAAUACUUCAAUGAGUGAUCAUCACUCAGCUCAACUUCACAAAUCUCACGUUUUCCAUUUUAGGUGCAGAUUCUACAGCAUUCAGUAAAAGAGGUUAUGUUUCAAAUGAAGUCAAGAAAUAAUGCUUUGAGAGUAAACAAAAACCCAUACACUUGGUCAAGUUGCAGAGUCUCAACAGCACUCUGAAAACGACACAUCCACCUGAAGUCAUUGUGCUUUUUCUUUUAUUAAUUUUCAUGUUGUCAAAGUUUUGCAGAAAGGGUUGUUUGUCUUUAAUAUGACUUCUUUGUCCUUGGAGGCUCAUCUGAAGGUGGCCAGUCAUUGAGUAGGCAUUGCUCCCUCUAUGUAUAUAUGUAUGACUGACUGCAGCAGAAAUCAAUCACUGCUUUUUUGUUCGUUCUCUCUGUCUCCUCCUGCUCUGUGCAGACAAACCUUCCCAUUUUCAAACUGAAGGAUUCCUGUGUGAGAAGAAGAUACAGUGACUUUGAGUGGUUAAAGAAUGAGCUGGAAAGAGACAGUAAGGUGAGUGAUGUGGAUGACAGUGAACAAAAAAAGAUCUUUACAUUGGUUAUUGUCGACUCUAGGUUUAAUUUUGUUGAUGAUAAAGGAAGAAAAGAACAUAUUUAGUGGUGUAUUCCUAAUAAAACGUAAAACUAGGACCUAACUGGAGCUCAAAUUACCUAACUCUUUAACUUACUGUAAAGCCAGUGUUAACCUCUGUCACAUAACAUAUUCUCUUCCUGUUAUUUGUGUUGACUCCUGACUCCUUUAGAUUGUAGUACCAACUCUACCAGGUAAAGCCCUGAAGAGACAGUUGCCCUUCCGUGGAGAUGAGGGUCUUUUCGAGGAGGGCUUCAUUGAGGAGCGGCGAUCAGGCCUGGAGCAGUUCAUCAACAAGUCAGUGUAUCUAAAAGCUCAAUUUAAAAUAUCAUACGUUGGGGUUUUCAGUGUAUUUGAAGCACAAGUACAUUCAAGAGAGUCAAAUCUUGAAAACUAAAAGACUGAUUUUGUAGUAAGAUUAAAGCAAUUUCUGUCAAAGCUGUUGAAGUCUUUCCUGUCCUCAAAAAUACGAGCCGAAACAGAAAUUCAAGUGUUCUGUGGAGUCAUCCAUAAAGGGUAAUAACUGUCUAGUCUCACUCAAGAAUUCAAGAAUAAUUGUGUUUCCCAAAUGUGGACCACAUUUAAGGGAUGCAUGAUGAUAUCAGGCAGAAAAAGCCUGCAAGCUUACUAAGUGCAGUAAGGGUUUUAUUAGACGAUAACAUUUCAACCAGUUGGUCUUCAUAAAGCGUGUAAAUGUGGGGUUUAAAAUUGGGAUUGCCAAAAGUGCACAAAAUUAUCCGCAUUAGCCAAUAAAAGCCUAAAGAAAAUUAACUAUCAGUUUUGCAGAUCUGCAAAUUUCCACCAGUAUUUAUGGCUGAUAAGGUGACAUGAUGACAGCUCAGGUGCAUCUACAACAAGCGUUAACAUGUCAGCUGUUUAGAGGUAUUUUGAAGUUUGUCGUGUUAAGCCAGAGUGAUGCAAACCUGUCAGCAGCCUCUACUUGAGUCAUUUGAAGAAGCUAAACAGUAUAGUGUCUAUAUAUGAGACAGAAUACAUGGACCGUGGAAAGAUCAGAUGUUGUUUGUCUUGUUUUAGUAAGUAAGUAAGUAAAGUUUAUCUAUAGAACGCUUUUCACAGAUCAAAAUCACAAAGCGCUGUUCAUAAAAUAAAUGCAAUUAGAUAAACAUAAACGGUACAAAAGAUAAGUACAGAUACAGACACAAAUACAGUACAGGUGAGUAUGGAAAUAAGUGCAGAUAUAAAAGACAAGUAAAAGAGACAAACAAAAAGCAAAAAGAGUUUUAAAACAGGUCUUUGGCACCAUUAGGAGGUUCCAGCCUGACAACCGAAGGAUGCGCAAAACAAAACAAAUCAGUGAUGUACUGGGGGGCUGACCAUGCAGCGCCUGGAAAGUCAGAACUAAAAUUUUAAAAUGAAUACAAAAAUUAACCUGUAGCCAAUGAGGACAAGAUAAGACAGAGGUGAUGUGAGCAGAUUUGGGCGUUUCUGUCAGAAGUCUGGCGGCUGAGCUGUGCCUGUUUCUUUUAAAUGUAGAAAAAAAAAAAGGAGACUUGGUGUUCUUAAUAAAAGAAAAUGUCAGCAUAUUGGACAUUUCCCUUUGGGGGAUCAAUAAAGUUCGUCUUAUUCUUAUCAGCAAAAAUCCAAUAUUUAACAUCCCUUCCUGAUUUGACGUAUAGUAUUUUGAGUCUUAACGACUGUAAGUGUUUUGGUAUCUACCUGCUGCCAUUAAACUGACUGUAUUGUAAUCCUUGAAGCAGCUGUUCUUAAUCAAAAUACAUCCACAGACAUUGCUUGGUUUUCCCCCUGUAGCUGGAAUAUACCUCAAGUAUAAUACUGGUGUAUAAAGAGAACAGCGCUCAUGCUUUUAUUAAAAGAGAGAGAGAGAAGUAGCUCAAGCACAUUUCAUACUCUGUAAUCUUGCAGCAAGAGAGGAAUGGUUACAAGUGCAGAGAAACACGGCGGUGUGCACCUCAUGGUAGAUUCUUCAGUCAGUAGAGCUCAUUACAACCCUAAACAAAUGUUGUUAACCAAUCGCAGCUCCUCUAUCAUAAGUUUUCUGCCUGUUUGCUUCUUUGAGACCUCGACAGGAAAACUACGACGCUUGAGUUUGUUCACUAGAGAAACAAAUGUGCCAAAGCAAGAUUAGCAAUGACAUAAUAUCGUAUUUACCAAUUCAUGUUUGUAAACAAUAUUGUUGCUUAGUGCCAAGCAUACUUGUCGGUUAACCUACUAAUUUGCGAGCUAAUUCGUUAAGCCUGCAGCGGCUUAUAUAGCAACAAAAAGCAGCUCAUUCUAGCAGCGAACUAACUUGCAAAGAUAAAAUGCUAAUAACCCAAAGACAGUACGCAAAGUACGACCGCUACAAACCCAAAGUACGAACCUUUCUCUCUCUGAGUCAGACAGAGAGACGAAUGCACGCUUUUAUAACCAGCAGGCUUGACUACUGUAAUGCUCUCCUCGCUGGUCGACCCAAAAGCUCAAUAAACCAGCUACAGCUGAUCCAAAACUCUGCUGCGAGAGUUUUGACUAGAGCUCAUAUUACACCCAUUUUAAAGUCUUUGCACUGGCUGCCUGUUAGUUUUCGCAUUGAUUUGAAAAUUCUUUUACUACCUUAUAAAGCUCUACAUGGCCUGGCACCAGAAUACCUUACAAAGAUGAUUUUAAUAUGAACCGAGGCAGCCUCUCAGAUCCUCUCAAUCUUCUCUUUUAGUCGUUCCACAGAGCAGAACAAAAAGAUUUGGUGACGCUUCUUUUAGCUGCUACGCUACAAAACUGUGGAACAAACUUCCAGAGGGUCUGAGACGAGCUGCAAAUAUAGAAAUCUUUAAACGUAACCUAAAAACUCAUCUAUUUAGCCUGGCUUUUAGGUAAAGCUUCAUUAUUUUAAUUACUAUUAUAAUUUAUUUAUUUUUUAGUAUCGCUUUUUGCCUUAUUUUUUUAAUAAAUUCAAGUUUAUAUUUUAUUUUCUGUUUUAGUUUAUUUUAAUAACUUAAAUUUUUCUUGUCCUCAUGUAAUGCGCUUUGAGUUGCGAUUUCAGUUGUACAGUACUAUAUAAAUACACUUUGAUUGAUUGAUUGAAACUGUUCUCAUUCACUGAAGACGGCAUGGCUUAGGGAGUACGUUGGGAGUACAACGCGAAUAUAGAACGCAAAAUUACGAAAAAUUCAGAGGUGAAUUUUGACAUGCCUGAGUAUACACAUGAAGCCCGAUGCGAUUUUGCGCAUCCUGGGGACGACUUUUCCUGGGGAUAGUCCCGCCUCCUUCGCCUCUUAUUGGCUAGAAAAGCUGGAAACGUCAUCACACGCUCAAGCCAAAUGGUCAGCACUUAUAUCCAAUCAGAGGCAAAAAGAUAAGCACAUGAAACUAUGGCUGUGUCCGAAAUGAAUCACUCAAUCCCUAACCCCCAUAUGGGGUUUUACUAUAUAGUUGACUAUGUAGUGAACUUAAUUACUGGAGGUUUUGGACACUACAUGGCAAGACGCAAUGCAUGACGGGAUGCCCGCCACCGUCGAGUGACCAUCGGAUGGUCACUACAUUUUGCAAUGCUUUAAAGGAAAUUUUGAGUCACUUAUAUUGGUCACUGGAAUUGAUCACUCAGGUUUCGGACACUCCUCAAAAUGGCGCUAACCCCCAUAUAGUCGCCUAUAUAGGGGUUAGGGAUCCAUUUCGGACACAGCCAUGGUAACAACCAUUAGCUUACGUUAGCACAGAUGAAAGUUAAACCAAAGACGUUUAGCAAACUGUUAAAGCGCACAAAACAUCGUCAUAUGAGAAAUCCGACGCAAUGACUCUCCACAAGUUGUCCUUCAGGUCGUUAUCUUUGUAAUUUUUGUUUUUUUUUUAUCAAAAAGCACUCUGUUCUCCGACACGUGGAACAGGACUUUCCCCCGGGAAAAGUCUUCCCCGGGAAGCGUCUUUUUUCCCCCCCGGAAAGUCGCAAAAUCGCAUCGGGCUUAAUGUGUAUAGUCAGGCGCGUCAAAAUUAGCCUCUGGAUAUUUCGUGAUUUUGCGUUCCAUAUUCGUGUCGGCCCUGGUGUGUAAGGACCUUUAGUCUCCUGGACCAGCGAGUUGUCAUUUAAACUCGAGAUGUGUAAGAGCUUAAAGAAUUACGUCAUUACCCUCUAAUUUACUGUGUGGAUGUUCUUAAAUUAGCAAUUAAACUGAGUGACCCGUGUCCUUUUCUGUCUCUGUCUGUCUGUGUAUGUUUCUGUAGAAUUGCAGGUCACCCAUUGGCCCAGAAUGAGCGCUGUCUUCACAUGUUCCUGCAAGAGGAAAGCAUUGACCGUAACUACAUUCCCGGAAAAGUACGACACUAGGGUUACUGGGGGAGGUGGGGGUAAAAGUCUGGGGUGUAGAUUAGACUGUUUCUCACCUUUCUCUUCCCUCCUGUUUCCUCUUCUCUUCAUCCCUCUGCUCUCUCUCUCUCCUCUCUCACUCUGCGUAUACACCGUUAAAUCACUUUAUUUUUUACCUCGGGCUUUAAGUACGUUCUUUUACAAUACAUUUGGACAUGUUAACGAUGUCUCGCUCCUGUGCGUUAGUUUUAUAACUAUACAAUCAGGAAAGCGACCCUCAUUAUUUGUGAUUGUAUAGAUUAAAAUUAGCUCUUAAUUAAAAAUGUCAGUACAUUCAGUUUUUUACUGAUAAGUGUCAUAUAUAUCAUGAUUGUAUUAUAAUGUGAAUAAAGUAGAAUAAUGUCUAAAUAUGAGUGUGCACUAAUGUUUACCUUAGGGAUGCAUGCAGACUGUACAUGAUAUUUCUGAUCUUGUUUUGUUCUCUGUUCUGUUUCGUUUGUUUUUAGGUAUGAAUGAAGUAAGUUUGCUUUAUUAUAUCCUGACUUCAAGACCUUUCUAGACAUUACAGGAGGUUGCAUGGGCACUAUAAAACCAAAGGCGAUAGUUCACAGAUCCUUCAGUCUAUAUUACAGCAGGCGUGUGUCUGCAAAGUCUAAUUAUAAGUUGUAAAUGUGCUACUCAUAGUCUCUGGUUGUCACGUAAAACAACCAGUAGUUCCUUAAAAGUGUUUGAGUGAUCAUGGUGUGUUGCAAAGGGAGGAAAAUUCUGCACGCCAGUUCUGCUUAUAAAGAAAAAUAAGAGUGAAAUCUCAUUUGCAGUUGACCAUUUAAACCGGUCAUAAGUUAAUCAGCUGUUUUCUCAGUAACUGGUUUGCAGAAGUUUCGCAGUUUCACCCAUUUUCACCCAUUUUCAUCCAGUGAAAACAACACAAACCUCCAGCAGUGGUUUUGAGUUAUGUGAACUAUUGUUUAAUGGGAAAAAAAGAGAAAAGAAUUGUACGCCACCAAAGACUAGAGCUCUUUUUCCAAACAUUUCUAUCCAAACUAAUUCUGUUAUAUUAUCAUUGUCAACCGCACUAAUCAUCGGCUGCAUGGCAAACUCUGCACGCUUUCUUUGCAAUAUACAUGUAUGUGUGUCAGUCUCGCUGACAACUUCUUUUAAAUACCUUCGAUCACCAUCAUUUGUUCAGUCUAUCAAAUCUGAUCUCCUUUCCCCCCCAAAUUCAGCUGUUGUGUUGAUGUUGCCAUCUGGUAAAUAUUAUCAUUUCCUGCAUUUUCUGGUAAAUCAUGUUUGAGUUCCACCUCGUAUCUGUCUGUCAACAAUCAAGUUCAGAAGACACAUGUAAUGUCUGAUGAACUAAAGCUGUUGAAUUUACAGACGUCAUGAUAAGACAUGGGCUUCAACUUACUGCACACUAGUCCCACUCAGUCUCAGAGCAAGUUUCUGUGCCUCUUCAUGAGCUACAAAAGAAAACAAGUCCACCAGAUGAUUAAGUCAUUGACUGAUUCUACAUAUUUAUUUAUAAUGAGUAAAACUAUAAGUUACAUACAGUUUAUUUUGGACCAAAUCAGCACAGACAAGAGGCACCACUGUCCAUAGGGGGCGCCAACUGGCACAAAAACUCACUGCAUGAUGCUUAUUUUUAAACUUUUAUUGCAGUUUUCCCCCAAAGUGUUAAAGGGAUAUUCCGACGUAAAUUUAAUUUAGGGUCAAACACAAGGUAACCCAGAGUUAGACACCCCCUUAAAAGAUGAAUGUUGCCGACUGCUUGCUUCUCUAAGUAUACCAACUUUAGUAACGACCACACGAUAGCAAUACACAGCGGUCUAUGUCUACACGUGCAAACCUCAACCAAAACGCCACUCUAUAGCCACAAAUAAUGUUCAGAACAGCACCUAACUUUAUCAACAGUACAUAUAGGGUCACAGCCAUAGUACUAGACACCAAACAUCAGAUGCUGAGACCAAACACAACUCACCCACUCUCCUCCAGCAGCCGUUUGUUUGUGUUGGAUCCCUGACGAGUUGAUCAGAGAGCAGCGGAUCAUUUCCAUGAAGUAAUAAUCGUCAUCAUAAUAAUCAUUUUGCACUGAAGACAAGGAAGUUCUUCUGCCUCAGCGUCUUGUUCUGAUUGCAUUUCCAAGAAGUAAUAAUCAUACAUUUUCUGGUGCACUUGGUAAACGACUCGUCAGGUCUCCCCCACAAACAAGCGGCUGCUGGAGGAGAGUGGGUGAGUUGUGUUUGGUCUCUUUGCUACAGAAAUUUGGCAAAGAUAAAAAGAUGUUUGGUGGUUAGUACCAUGUCUGGGACCCUAAAUGUACUGUUGAUGAAGUUAGGUGCUGUUCUGAGCAUUAUUUGUGGCUAUAGAGUGGCGUUUUGGUUAAGGUUUGAGCGUGGAGACGUAGACCGCUGUGUAUUGCUAUCGUGCAGUCGUUGCUGAAGUUGGUAUAACUAGAGAGAGAAGUAUAAUCAUCAUGAUAAUCAAAUUGCACUGGUAGUUCUUCUGCCUUAGCGUCUCAGUCUGAUUGCAUUUCCAUGAAGUAAUGAUCAUAAAUGUUCUUCCUUGAGCUGCGAAACUCCGCUGCACUUGGUGAACAACCAAAAAAAACCACAACUAGAGAAGCGAGGGGUCGGCAACAUUCAUCUUUCAAGGGGGUGUCUAAGUCGGUGUUACGGUGUGUUUGCCCUUUAGUUAAUUUUACGCCGGACUAUCCCUUGAAUGACCUGCAUGUUGAUUCCUGACAUUACCAAAUCAAAAAUGGAAUAGACGCCAACAAAGAGUCAGCAUGUUCUCGUUUUUACCAGAAAGUAGUGACUAAGAGUACAGCAAUAGCAGUGGCUGUCAGUAACGUCUUGUUUUCUUCGAACUUCUUAAAAAAAGACGGAAAAAACAAGGGUCUGCUGAUUUUUACAGACCACAGUGCGGGAAUUAAAAAGUACAAGCCACUACCUAUUUGAUGAAAACAUAAGCUAGACCAUGAAAAACAAAUCCAAACACAGUAAGAGUCUGUAAAUGUCUCUACUGAACGAUGAAAGUUGGGGCUGUUGUUCAGUAUGAACCCGCACUUACUGCCUGUAUUGUUUUUUUGUGAAUUUUGUAUUAUUGUUGCAUUAAAUCAGUAGAUUCUGUUCAAAGAGUCUCUGAGCAUUGACCAAAUCCAGCUGAUUGUAUUGACACGUGUUAUAUCCCUCAUGUUCUCUGUCUCUGUCUCUCUCUCUCUCUCUCUCUCUCUCUCUCUCUCUCUCUCUUUCUUCUUGCAAAGACAAUACAGACUGCUGCACCUGCCCCAUGUACUUUUAUUUCUACACCAUGUCUUUCAAAAAGCCAGUGGAAAUGCUCGAACUAUGAUAAGUAUCGACAGUGUAACACAAGUAUUGCUCCUGGACAAAACUUAAAACAUCCAGUCUUCAAAUUGUUUGAUGUUGUGUCUUUAUACAGCCAUUCCACAAACUGUAUGUAUAUUAUUUUGAUUCAAUAAUCAGUGGAGAACAUGUUCAGUAUAUACUUUUUAGUUAUAGCUAGAUUUUUUUUUUUUUUACGAUGAUUGUUAUGUUUUCUUGACGUGUUUUGAAUUUAUUCCACAAACGUUCAAAAUGAGGGUAAAUUCCUGCAUAUUCCUUUUUCUCUUUUUUGCUAGCCGAGAUGUGAUUUUGAAGAGAACCUCCCAAAGUCGAGCAACAUGUAGCACCAUGAAAAAGACAGUGACAUUGUAUCAUUCCACCCGGUAUAUUUUCCCCUGAAUUUUGUGUCCUGGAAAUGCUAACGAUUCUUUUAACUCUGCUGUCUUAGUUCCACCAUCAUGACUACACUUUGGCUGUGUGUUGUCAAGUCAGCUAUUGGGAAUGUUCAGUUAGGUAAAUAACCAUAUCUAAGCACUGUGACAAGAGGUUCAUUAUAUGAACAAUAUUUCAUUGUUUCAAGGCGUAAUCAGCAUCUGGUUCAUCGAUCUGAAAUGAGGCUUUUUCUCCGCUUAUUUUCAGCUCUUUUAAUUCUUUCGAUCAAUAUUUUUGUGAUGUGUAUUAAUACAUGUUAUCAUCGCAGUUCCAUUAUGGGUGACGAGGAACUCCUUGUUAAUUCUGUCCAACAAUAAAAAUUUCCUGCUGCCUGCUU